UCACGAGAGCUGACCAUCAAUGACAGCACAAGAAGACAAUUAUGAUAACUAUUUGUCACUAGCAUAUUUAUACCUGUCCAUCAGCUGUUUCGGCAUGCUCUGCCUUGGCGAGGGUCUUCAAUUCGGCUUCCAAAGCCUUUUCUUCAUCCUCUAGCUCAUCUAUGAUUCUCUUUCGUCGCUGCAGAAAGACACGGGUAUCACACGCAUAAUUUCCCAUCUCGACUUGGAACAUUUAAAUCUUCUCUUACUGAAUCUGUAGAAAAAACGUCUGUCUGAGAAAUUAGUUUGUCAUACUGACGAUCCAAGGCAUUGGACCGCAUUCCAAGGGCGGCGUAGCGUGGCUGAUUGGUGUGUCCGCCGUAUUUGUAGUAGUCGUCCGAAUGCUGAGCCCCAUUGGCUUUGAGGAGGGCAGCGACAUCCUUCAGCUCCGGCUGCAUCACCUGCACACACAUGGCACGCAGUCAGGCCAUGGCAUCUCUUCAUGCUUAUCCCUCCGCUCACCACUUCGUCUAAAGGCGCCACGAUUAGACCGCCCGGCCGACGCUUGCCAAGGUUGGGGUCUGCUCCGGCUUCCAACAGCAGCUCCACAGUGUCGAAUAUCCGAGCGGCUCGCGCGCCAUCAGCAUCCCACGCCAAGGGGCUGCCGGUCGCUGUCUCGGCCAUCACUGCGCGAUGAAGCGGCUCGCCGCACGCCAUGUUUGGAUCUGCGCCAUUAUCAAGAAGCGUCUUCACAGCCAUCAAAGCAUCUGCUGCCCCUUCUUGAUAACGGACGAGAAAGAAAUCGUACAUGUGCUGCCUCAUGCUUUUCCACCCCGUGUCUCCCUUUCGAAUUUGAUCGAUUCGAUCGAUGAGCUCGGCGUGUUGGAGUCCCGUGAACUCUGUAAUCAGCUGACAACUGAUGACUGCCACCGUCAGAAUGAUGUUGGCAAUGGGAAGCAGCUGCAGCUGGUAAGUGGGAUAGCAGAGGAAGAGGACAUUGCAUAUCAGGCCGAGAAGGUCUUCGCAGAGUAUGCUGCAAAGACGAUUGCCCCUGGCAUUACGAUGGCUUCUGGCGUCAACUUUGGCCUCAAGCAUGGUAAUCAGAGAAGGAUAAAGCAUAAAGGUCCCUACCAGGGGGGACAAAAAGUAGAGGCGCCAAGGCCAUGUGGGGACUCUCUCGCUGAAGACCGCAAUCGAAAAGAAUGUAAUCCAAUCGGUGAUGGCAUCGACAAGCUCCGAAAUCAGCACAUGCAAAAGACCCAAUCGGCUGUAAUCGGGAAGAAUAACAUCCGGAAGAAGCUCUCUCGGAAUCAUGCAGUGGGUCACGAUGCCAAUAGAAAUUUCAAUCACAAUGCCGAUGAAGAACAGCAAAACAGCCCCCCACCAGAGAAACUCCCCGAUCCAGAUGAAGAUCCACCAAGCAGGAAAUGCACCUACCAACCCGCCCAGCGUCCCGACGCCACACAGAAAGGGGGCCCCCAGAUGCAGAUAAGGAAUUGUGGGGGUAUGCUUUUUCAGUGAGGCUGUUAUGUUCUGCGCCAGCUGCUUCUGCACGUGCUCUUGCGAGGCUUCGAAGCCCAUGGCUUCGUAGGCUGAGGCGAUGGCAUUCAGCAGAUUCAAAAACAGAUUGCAGAUGAGUGUGCCGAUAGCACCGGCUCCUGGGUUGGCGCAAAGAAUGAUCACGACGUUGAUGAAGUCGAUGCUGUCGUUCAGGACAGAGAUGCCGCUCAGCACCGUGAUCACCCUGACGAGCCACCGAGGAGGGUCGGGCCGGUGGAAGCGAGCGAUGAUGGGUGCCGUGGGAGACGGCCCUCGCGGGGUCGCUGCCUGAGAGUCCACGCCCGAGUCAAUGAGACAGGAGCGUUCGCCUAAUUCGAUGUCGCCCGAUUGUCCCUUCUUGCGCUGCACCUGAGCGACCGCAAGGCACAGGUCGUCAGCAAAUUGCUCACACAAUGAUGUCUCCCCUGCGUACCCGUGUGGCAUUCAUUUGGACGUACUCCAGGCACCAUUUGAGGACGAGCAGAGCCGUCGAGACAGCGGCAGAGGCGAGAAGGAGUCGCUUGCACAGGAGGGGAAUGGUGUAUUGGGACGGCUCGUUGAUGAUCAUCUCCCAGAAGGAGAACCAGUCGGUCACUGCACAUUGCAAUGGGGGCAGAGAGAGAGCAAGAUGCGUUAUGAUGGCGCGAGAGAUGGUAAGAGGCCUGCUGUUGCUUACGGGCUGCAAAGGCGCCCAGAAGGAUGAGCAUCAUGUUCUCUCGGAGGAACACUUGCAGUGAUAGUCUGGGCCCUUGGGCCGGGCCCUGGCUGGAUGAAGCAUCAGCUGUAUCGGCACGCACUGCCUUUAGAGCUUUCUCGCUAUUCUCUCGUCGCACUUCAAUCAAAAUUCUUGUCGCCACGUGUGCAUCGCAAAUCAGUGCCUUGGAUCGCAUCAAAAGGGCGGCGUAGCGUGGCUGAUUGGUAUGUCCGCCGUAUUUAUAGUAGUCGUCCGAAUGCCGAGCCCCAUUGGCUUUGAGGAGGGCGGCGACAUGAUUCAGCUCAGGCUGUAUUACCUGCACACACAUGACACGCAGUCAGGCCGUGUGUGUGAAUCUAUGUGGCAUCCAUCUCUUCAUGCUUAUCACCCCGCUCACCACUUCGUCUAAAGGCGUCACGACUUGGCCGCCGGCCAGCUGCCGUGUGCCAAGAUUGGGGUCUGCCCCGGCCUCCAGCAGCAGCUCCACAGUGUUGAAAAUCCGAGCGGCUCGCGCGCCAUCAGCAUCCCACGCCAAGGGGCUAUCGCCGGUCGCUGUCUCGGCCAUCACUGCGCGAUGAAGCGGCUCUCCGUUUGCCAUGUUUGGAUCUGCGCCACUGUCGACGAGCUCUUUCAUGGCCAAUAAAGGAGCGUCUCCGUUUCGAAUCUGGUCGAUUCGAUCGAUGAGCUCGGCGUGCUGGAUGCCGAUGUGUGUUCUAAUCAGCUGACAACUGACGACCGCCACCGUCAAAAUGAUGUUGGCUAUGGGGAGCAGCUGCAGCUGGUAAGUGGGAUAGCAGAGGAACAGGACAUUGCAUACCAGGCCGAGAAGGCCUUUGCAGAGUAUGCUAGAGAGACGAUUGCGUCUUGCAUCACGAUGGCUUCUGGCGUCAACCUUGGCCUCGAGUAUUGCGAUCAGAGACGGGCAAAGGAUUGGCCCUCUGGCGUCAAUUUUCUGCUCGAGUGUUGCAAUUAGAGAAGGGUAAAGGAUGAGGGUUUCUGUGGCGGGGCAGAGAAAGUAGAGGUGCCAGAGCCAUGUUGGGACUCUCUCGUUGAAUACCGCAAUCGUGAAGAAGGUAAUCCAGGUGCUGGUUGUAUAGACAAGCUCCGCGAUCAGCAAAUGUAAAAGACCCAAUCGGCAGUAGUCGAAGAGAAGAACAUCCGAAAGAAGCUCCCUCGGAAUGAGGCAGUGCGUCACGAUACCCAUAAAGAGUCCAUAAAUUAAUUUCGUCAGCAUCAGAAAGAUGGCAAACCACCAAAAAAGGCGCCCAAUCCAGGUCAUCCACCAAAGCCACCAAGAAUUAGCAAGAAGGGCGCCGAUCAACCCAAAAGGCGCAAAAAGCACGCCGGUCACCCCACAAGGCAUAAUAAAGACCGCCGGUACAGCGGUAGCCAACAUCCGAACGAUAUCGAACAGAACGAGCUCGUCCAACCCUUUGCUUGUGAUUUGCGCUAGCUGUUGCAUGCGCAUUCGCGAGGCUUCGAAGCCCAUUGCCUUGUAGGCUGAGGCGAUGGCAUUCAGCAGAUUCAAGGAGAGAUUGCUGAUGAGUAUCCCCAUCGCGUGGCUUCGGGGGUUGCCGAUGGCGCAAAGAAUGAUCACGACGUUGAUGAAGUCGAUGCUGUCGUUGAGGACGGAGAUGCCGUUCAGCACCGUGAUCAUCCUGACGAGCCACCGAGGAGGGUCGGGCCGCUCGAAGCAAGUGAUGAUGGGUGCCGUAAGGGAUGGCCCCUGCGGGGUCGCUGCCUGAGAGUUCACGCCUGAGUCGAUGAGACGGGAGCGUUCGCCUAAUUCGAUGUCGCCCGAUUGUCCCUUCUUGCGCUGCACCUGAGCGACCGCAAGGCACCAAAGACGUCAGCAAAUUGCUCACACAAUGAUGUCCCCACUGCCUACCAGUGUGGCAUUCAUUUGGACGUACUCCAGGCACCAUUUGAGGACGAGCAGAGCCGUCGAGACAGCGGCAGAGGCGAGAAGGAGUCGCUUGCACAGAGCCGGAAUGGUGUAUUGCGACGGCUCGUCGAUGAUCAUCUCCCAGAAGGAGAACCAGUCGGUCACUGCACAUGUGCAUUGGGGGCAGAGAGAGAGCAAGAUGCGUUAUGAUGGCGCGAGAGAUAGCAAGGGGCCUGCUGUUGCUUACGUGCCGCGAAGGCGCCCAGAAGGAUGAGCAUGAUAUUCUGUCGGAGGAACACUUGCAGUGAUAAUCGUCUGGGACCUUGGCUGGUCGAAGCCUGCGACACGGAGGGUUGUCCGCCGGCCAU